CGCCGUCACGGGUGCACGCCUCGGGGUGCCAGAUUCCAGGAUGCCUGGGCGCGGGGCGGCCCCUCCACGCUUCCCCAACACCCCCCCAACCCUCGGCCUGAGCCUCCCAGCGCCGUGGGAUCUACUACCUUCCGCCCGCCGUUGCUGGCCCGCAUCCUAGGAGCGGCCUGACGCCUUCCCCACCCUGGCAUUGCCCCCGACCUGGGACGGGAGCCCAGUGGAGGCACCCUCCCGAGGCACCACUGCCCAUGCUGACCACCCAGCCCUCCGGCUGCCGAUGUCAUGACUAACGCCACAGUGCCCAAUGCCCCCCAGGCCAACAGCGACUCCAUGGUGGGCUAUGUGUUGGGGCCUUUCUUCCUCAUCACCCUGGUCGGGGUGGUGGUGGCUGUGGUAAUGUAUGUCCAGAAGAAAAAGAGGGUGGACCGGCUUCGCCAUCACCUGCUCCCCAUGUACAGCUACGACCCCACUGAGGAGCUGCAUGAGGCUGAGCAGGAGCUACUCUCUGAUGGGGGAGACCCUAAGGUAGUACAUGGCUGGCAGAGUAGCUACCAACACAAGCGGAUGCCCUUGCUGGAUCUCAAGACAUGACCUGAGCCCCUGCCCCAAACUUCAGAGCCUAGAAGGUCCUGGACUGCCCAGGGCCUUACUUCCCCCUCCCACUCCCCCAGCUCCCCCUGCUGGGUACUGGGUCUCCAUUCCUUCUCCCCCCCCACCCCCCCAGCAGCCUCCACUUCCCAAGCCCUGCAUAGCAAGCAGCAGCCUUCAGGCUCUAAUGGGAGCUUUUCCAUGGGUGGGAAGGUGGUUAGGAGACAGCUUCGCUUUCUCUAGCCCUCCAGGACUUGGCUUUGGCAUAAAUCCCCAGGGGGCUUUUGGAGUUGUUUCCAUGGUGAUGGGGCCAGAUGUAUAGUAUUUGGUAUAUAUAUUUUGUAAAUAAAAUGUUUUAUGGCUA